CGUCCCACAACGUCAACACUAGCCUUCACCCACAGAUCAGCCUCUGAACUCCUACAGUAAACUUCAGCACGACGCACUGUGGGUUGGGUACUGCAUUCCUGUAAGAGAAGUUCAGCAAUGGCCCACACGAUAAACACAGAUGUGUUCCUGGCCUUCUCCACCUACGCCACCAUUGUUAUUCUGAAGAUGAUGUUUAUGGCCCCUCUGACUGGAUACUUCAGGGUCACUAGAAGGGCAUUCGCAAACCCAGAGGACACUCACAUGGGCAAGACCCCAGAAGAAAAGAAAAGGAUGGUACGCGUUAAUGAAGAUGUGGAACGUGUCCGAAGAUGCCAUCAAAAUGACUUGGAGAACAUCAUUCCCUUUGUGGUGAUUGGUCUACUCUAUGCUCUGACUGGGCCUGAGCUCUCCACUGCCCUGCUGCUCUUCCGGCUGUUCGUUGGUUCACGUUUCAUCCACACUGUGAGCUACGUGAUGGCGCUGCCCCAACCCAGCAGAGGACUUUCCUGGAUGGUGGGCAUGGCCGUCACUUUCUGCAUGGCCUACCGCGUCCUCACCACUGCACUGCUGCUGUAGUAGAGGGGGAACACACUGUGAAACAUCAACAGAGCUACUUCAUGAUACCACUAUUUACUAUUAUCACCUGAUACAGCUAAGGUAGUAUAAUAUGCUGUUAUCAUGAAUGUGUUAGAGCCAUGCAACUAGCAAAGGUGAACAUAUCUCAAUCCAAAUGUCUGCUGUUUUUCAGUCAUUCAAUUAUACAGCUAUUUUCCUACAUUUUUUUUAUUUUACUAAAAUAAAUCAUUGUGAAUUAUAUUUUUUAAAGGAAUAAAUACUAUAUGAUACAAUA